AUGCCACACGAAAAUCCACCUCGCGAGUGGGAGGCCGACAUUGCCUACGAUCCAGUUAUCAAAGAAGUAUGGGAUCACAUUGAAAGAAUCAAGGAGAUCUACAACGACCUCAUUUUGGAUGUGAAUCGAGCCGCUUCCAAAGUGGACUACCCCUGCUGGGACUCCAUUGAACUGCAGUCUGAGAUUACCCUCGCCAAGUCAAAGAUACAAAACCGACAUCCUGCCUUCCGCCCUAUGAUGCAGUCUCGUUUAAAGGAGAUACCGGGGCAGCUUAAGUUCAAAAAGGUACCCUUGCACCAAGUGGAUCAAUUUUACCACCCAAGAUGA